AUGGCGAACCGCAUGUCCGUGUACUCGAUGGCCUCAGAGCCGGGGAUGGGAGGCUCUCGGGGCGGUCAGCAGUCCCAGGUGUCGUCGACGACGUUGCUGAACUCGAUCCAUAACAGCUAUCUCUCUUCCCAACCAUACCAGCUCGAUGCUGGGACAAGUCUUGUCGUCAACACGUGGCUCACGGCAUCACAGCCGGGGCCCACCGGCCAUGUCGGCGGCACGGUAGAUGCCAAUUUGAUAACGCGGGCGUGGGAACAUGCUCGCCGCCGUGCCGAGGACGGCUGCAUCAUUCUUGGGAAGGGGUUGCUAACCGUUGCAAGCUCGCUGCACACAUCCACACCUUCGCUGCUCCGACCGGCCCUCUCGUCACUGCCCGUACCCGUUCCCAGUUCGGUCUUCCAGUCGCUGCAGGCAAUCGAGCCACUCCUCCGAUGCGUAACACCCUAUAACCCCUCGACGCCAAGGCAGGUCGCCCUCGGGGUGACGCUGACCCUCAACCUUGCCGGGAAGGUCGUGGGCGCUUCGGUGGCCUUGUCGCAGGGCGGCAUUGACACCGAGAAGGGCUUGUUGCGCAUCCCAGCCGAGCCCGGCCACCGCGCCUUUGACGCUUUCUAUUACCUCCUCACUUCAGCGUCUACUCCGGCCGAGCGGGAGUUCCUCGGGCUCAAGGGCGCCUCCAGCUACAACCUCCUGGCCCGCUCAGGCACGUACGAUCCGCCUUCGUACUUGCCCACCGCAGAUGAUGGUACCGCGGCCGACGAUUUCCGGUCCGCCCUCAAGGAGAUUGGCAUCAAGGGCUCCGCACACCGCAACUUCAUUUCCACUCUUGCCGGCCUGCUAAAGUUGGGCGACACGGUCGACUACCACGUGGACGAGGAUGUCUUGGAGGAGGUCAGCGAGGAUGUCAGCGGCCUCCUGGGCCUGGAACCCGAAGUUCUGUCGAAGAAGUGUACCACCGAUGACCGUGCCACGCUCCUUGCAGGCAUGUACGAAGCAUUGGUGGACUGGGUCAUCAGGAAGGCCAACGAGGCCAUCGCGGCUCAGGUGGGCCGGAUCAGGGAUGGGGAAGAGUCGGCCGACGGCAGCCAGGGGGGCAGGACACCCAAUUCGGCCGAGGACACUGGAGAUACCGUUUGCCUCCACUUCCUCGAGAUUCCCGACCCGAACCUGGGCAAGGCAGUUGCCAUGCAGGGCGUCUUCGAUGACAACCAGGGCAUCAACUCGGAGAUGAAACAGGAUGGCCUCGAGGUCGCCCCCGCGAGCAGUUCCGUUCUGCGGGAGAUGCAGAACGCUGUGGCUGAGGCCGGCCCCGAAUUGGGCAUCACGGUUGGGUCGCUCGGUAGGGACAGGCAGCACAUGCUCGAAAAGCGGGAAGAGGUUCUCGAGAGGAUUGCGCUCGCCGCCGAAGAGGAUGGCUUUUUGAAGCAGCUGCUCAUCCCCGUUCCCGCCGAGGGUAUCACUCUGGGCCGCGGCGGUCGUAUCGACCUAUCUGCCCUCCUCAGCACCAGUCGGGCGUGGUACCACCUCUGUAUACACCCGACCGACGAGUCGCCAGCCAGCCUGGCCGCCCUGCCGUCCGUCAAUUCGGCAUGGUCGGCCGGCACCGUGUCUAGGCAACUGCGGGCCUGGCGACUCCCCGAGUGGUCGAACCGGCGUAACAAGCAGCUCGACUACACGGUCGAUUUCGACUUUGACGAGUUUGUCGCCCGCUACCGUAUGCUGGGGUGCACGGACGGCCGCGACGGUAUCGAGAGCUGGGUCCUCGAGCGCGGGUGGGCCAACGGCGAUGUGGUGGUGGGCCGUGAGCGCGUCUGGAUGCGGGAGCACGCCUGGUGGGAGGCCGAAUGUGCGCUCGAUAUGAGCCCCGCCGGGGCCGAGAGACUCGGAAGCAUGCCCAACAUGAUGCCGCCGACCAGUCUCGGUACCGGAUACUCUGCUACCGGGAGCGGCUUUUUCCCACCGCAGCCGUUCCACGACGCUUCCUCCAACGGCAGCCGCGAGCAGCUCGUUCACCAGAGGAACCUGAGCCAGGCUACCCUGGGAGGAGGGCUCCGUCCCGCGAUGGCCCCCUCGAUCGCGCCCACCGGCAUGACCGGCAUGCGUAACACCAGCAAUGGCGAUUAUGGUCUCGGUACCAAGGGCGAUACCCACAGAGGCGAUGUCUACUACAACGCCGACGGCCAGUUUGUCGGCCUUGACGCCGACCUCGCCGAGGGCAAAAAGAUCACGGAGCAGCCCAUCUCUACCUCCAGAAGGGCAUGGGUUACCCUUGUCUGGAUUCUUACCUUCUGGAUCCCGUCGCCGCUCCUGAAGUACGUCGGGCGCAUGAAGCGGCCUGAUGUGCGCAUGGCGUGGCGGGAGAAAUUCGUUCUCUGCUUCAUUAUCGCCCUUCUCAACGGCAUCCUCGUCUUCUGGAUCAUCUUAUUCGGUAAACUGCUCUGUCCCGAUUAUGACAAGGCGUGGUCUCGCAACGAGGUCUCGCACCAUCUGGGAGAGAACGACUUUUGGGUCAGCAUCCACGGCAAGGUGUACGACAUCUCGAAGUUCUGGAAAAUAGAUCAUGGCACCCCGGCGUAUCCGAGCUCGCGCGAAUACAUGGAGCCCCUGGCCGGCAUGGAUUUGAGCAACUACUUCAUCGUGCCUCUCACCCUGGUUUGCCCCGGGCUGGUGACAGACCCCACGGUUCAGCUUACCCUCAACACCUCACUCGAGUAUUCCAUCGCUGAUCACACCUCGGGCCACUACGCCAGGGACCCCACCGGCCCCCUGGGAAAGGUGGACUGGUAUUCCAAGCGAUUCCUCCCUCGCAUGAAGCCGUACUUCACUGGCGAACUGGUCUGGGAGCCGAAGCAAAUCAAGCAGGAGGGAGAUGAUUACCAACGACCGUGGUUCCUCUGGGAGAACAGGGUCUAUGACCUGACCGACUACAUGAAGACUCAGGAGGUCAUGAGAAACAAUGCUCGCACGGCUUUCCUCCACGACAAGAUCGUCAGCGCUGUCAAAGAAAACCCGGGCCAGGAUCUGACCGACACCUUCCGCGAGAUCCUGGACAACGCGAACGCCACCGAGGCCGUCAAGAUCAAGAACACGUUCAACUGCCUUAACAACCGAUUCUACAUUGGCAUUACGGACUACCGCCAGUCGGCCAGGUGCCAGUUCAACAGGUGGAUCCUCAUCGCCUUCACCGCCGUCCUCUGUGCCGUGAUUCUUAUCAAGUUCGUCUCCGCCCUCCAGUUUGGCUCCAAGAGACGCCCGGCACCCCAGGACAAGUUUGUUAUUUGCCAGGUGCCUGCGUACACCGAAGGCGAAGACUCGCUGCGGAAGGCGCUAGAUUCGCUCACUGCUCUGCAGUACGACAACAAGCGCAAGUUGAUCUGUGUCAUUUGCGAUGGUAUCGUCGUCGGCGGCGGAAACGACCGUCCCACCCCCAAGAUUGUCCUGGAUAUCCUCGGCGUCGACCCCAAGGUCGACCCGCCCGCCUUGCCGUUCAAGUCGGUCGGCAUGGGCAGCGAGCAGCUCAACUACGGCAAGGUCUACUCUGGCCUCUACGAGUACGAAGGCAACGUCGUCCCGUACCUCGUGGUCGUCAAGGUGGGCAAGGAGUCGGAGCGGGAGAAGACCAAGCCCGGCAAUCGCGGCAAGCGUGAUUCACAAAUCCUUCUCUUGAGCUUCCUCAACCGUGUCCACCACCGGGCACCCAUGAACCCCCUCGAGCUGGAGAUGUUCCACCAUAUCAACAACAUUAUUGGUGUGGACCCUGAGCUGUACGAGUACCUUCUGAUGGUUGAUGCCGAUACUUGCGUUCGUGAGGACUCGCUCAACCGCCUGGUAGCCGCCUGCGCCGCCGACGCCAAGAUUGCGGGCAUCUGUGGCGAGACAAGCUUGCAAAACGAGGAGCGCUCGUGGUGGACUAUGAUCCAGGUCUACGAGUACUACAUCUCGCAUCACCUCGCAAAGGCCUUCGAGUCCCUGUUUGGCAGCGUCACCUGUUUGCCAGGAUGUUUCUGCAUGUACCGGCUCCGAACCGCUGACAAGGGCAAGCCCCUGAUCAUCUCGGACGACAUCAUCCGCGAGUAUAGCGAUUGCAAUGUGGACACGCUCCACAAGAAGAAUCUGUUGUCGCUCGGCGAGGAUCGCUACUUGACCACCUUGAUGACCAAGUACUUCCCCUACAUGUCGUACAAGUUCAUCCCGGAUGCCUACUGCCAAACGGCGGCGCCCGAGAAGUGGAGUGUCUUGCUAUCUCAGCGUCGUCGCUGGAUCAAUUCGACUAUCCACAAUUUGGUCGAGUUGAUGUUCCUUCCCGAGAUGUGCGGUUUCUGCUUCUUCUCGAUGCGCUUCAUCGUGUUCGUCGAUCUCAUCGGCACCGUCAUGCUCCCGGCAACCUGCGUCUACCUUGGCUGGCUGCUUUACACGGUUAUCACGCGCACCGGCCCGUUCCCUCUCAUCUCCAUCGUCAUGUUGGCCGCUGUGUACGGUCUUCAGGCGUUGAUCUUCAUCCUCAAGCGCCAGUGGCAACACAUCGGCUGGAUGAUUAUCUACAUUCUCGCCUUCCCGGUCUACUUCUUCAUCUUGCCCAUCUACUCGUUCUGGAAUCAGGACAACUUCACUUGGGGCAACACUCGCAUUGUCAUCGGCGAGUCGGGCAAGAAACAAGUCGUGGCCGUCGAUGACGAAGGGUUCGACCCCCGCUCUAUACCCCUCCAGCGCUGGGAUGAUUACGCCCUGGCCAACAACCUCCCCGGCCGUCGCGGCGGUCACUCGGAGAAGUACGGCAUGGACGGCGCCAUGGGCAUGUACGAGGAGAACUAUGAGAUGGAUGAUAUGAAGUCUGUCUACUCAUCCGUCCGCCAGCCCUCCGUCUUGAAUCUCCCCGGUCGCCCUGGUGCGGGCGCCUACAUGCCCCCCACACCAGGUACCCCCUUCACCCCCGGCGCCAUGACGCGUACCAGCACUCUCCUCGGCACCACUCCCUACACGGACAACCCCAACCCUGCUCACCGCCAGAGCAUGAUGUCGAUGGGUACCAUGGGCGGCGGCAUCGGUCGCUCGCACACACCCUAUGCCGACUUCCCCGGCGGCGCUACAAACAGUCGUCUGUCCAUGGCCUCGGCCAGCCCCAGUAGGCUCGGCCUCCACCCGGAUCUGAGCACGGGUUCCUUUGGCGGUGGCGGCAUGGGUUCCGCCGGUGGUGUCGUGGAUGACGCGGCAAUCAUUGAGGCGAUCCAAUCGGUUCUGAGGGAAGUAGAUCUCGACACGGUUACUAAGAAGCAAGUGCGGGCGCUGGUCGAGCAGCGGCUCCAGACGGAGUUGACAGGCGAAAGGAGGACGUUCAUGGAUCGGCAGAUCGACAAUGAGCUGGCGAAUAUGUGAUGUGCUUGGCUGCCACUAAUAAUACAAUGGAGGGCUGCGGGGUGUGUGAUAUGGAUAGAAAAGGUUCAUUCGUCUCUUGUUCUGGUGUCCUUCCUUUUGGCUUUCGGGGGGGGUUGGAUUGGGUCACUGAGUAGCAUUGGUUUGGAUCAUUCAUUCUGGUCUUGCCUCUCGAUUACGUCUCUUGUCUUGUCUACUUGGUCUAGAGAUAUUAAUUCAUUAUUGUGACUACCUAGGUAGUAUCAUAAGUG